AUUUUUGAUUGUUAUAUUUUUUUCUUAUUUAAGGGAAAAUGAUCGUUGUGCUCCUUUCAAAUCAAUGCGAUGAAUCAGAGUUUAAAGUAUGAACGUUGUAAACAGCAAACGGAAGCAAAGCUGCUAGAGAUUAAAGAUCUUGAAUUGCAGAUUUGCUACGUUCAGAAGCAACUGGAUCAGAAAAGAAAGUCCAUUUUACAAAAUAGACAGAAAGAAGAUUAUUUUGAUAAAUUAUGCCAUCACCAUGCAUACUAUCAGCAACAAUUAACAAAGUUACUUUCCUCUGCAGAAAAGAAUAAUCAAGAGAGCAUAAACAAUAGACCUACGACGCCCACUGGUGGCAAGCGCGAUCUCGCUGAAAUAUUAGGGACAACACCAGACGUUUUCAGCAAAAAAAUUGAGCAAAUUAUUGAACAACAACUCAAAUCAAAACAGAUGGCCUCAGAAAGAGAGUUAUUACAAAUACAACAACUGCUUGAUCGUCUACCACGCAAUGAUAGUACGAUAGUAUCAACUUUCAACAGAGUACUAAAACGUCUUAUCGCUGAAAUGGAAGGGUUGAAAGUGAAUGAUGAUAAUUAUAUUACACCUCGAGUCAAUAAAGAAAUUACAUCUGAACAGCAGACAAUUACAGAAAGAGAUAAGACUAUGUAUCAAUUAGAACAUCGAAAGAAAAUGAAUGCAUUGCUCAACAAAAAAGAAAAACUGGAAUCAGAAGCAAGAACAGUAGAACGGCAAUUAAUACGACGUGUGCGAGAGUUGCAUUCAGAUCCAGCCGUACAGUCAGCCUUAGUCAAAAACAUGAGAACAAAAUCAGGGAAUCAGCAAGUGAAGGCUGAACUACAAUCUGUUCUUUCACAAAUAGAAGAUAUGGAGAAGAAAAUUGAAACUAUACAAAAGGAUAAUUCAUUGACAGAAAUGGAAUCAUUAAUCUCGGACGUACUACGAAAGAUAAACCAGAAGCAAACAGAAAUCCAUAUUCUCGCCAAUGCUAACGAAGAACACCAAAAACUGAACAACAAUAUUGGAAAUAAGGUGAAUAUGACUUAUACGGACGGCAUUAAGUGGGUUUGAUACUGAAUGAUUUGGCAACCAUAUCUAGUUGAAGGAUAGAAAAGAAACCGAAUAUACGAAUCUAUUGGAAACGAUUGAGACCGUCAAAUCCAAUUUAUUGACUAGGUCACAACCUUUAAAAGAGACAAAAAAAGCAAUAACAGAAGAACAAG